AUGAACGCAUUCCGCUGCCUGAGGGCUGCUGCUCGCCCUGCAGCAAGCGCCGCUACACUCGUCCGACCACAACUAUCGGGCGCUGCACAACGGUCCCAAACCCGCCACAUAUCUCUCCUCAGUCGCCGUCGUCCCAUGCUCGCCGCCUCGCCCUUCUCCCCCGCCCUUCUCCCCCCACCAGGCUCCUCGCCCGCCAGCCCCACCUGUGCCGCAGAAACACUCGAUCUCGCGGGCAAAAUCUCGACGCACCCGGGCCUCGGAAGCCUACAGCUUCGAUGCGGACCGCGCGACACAUACAACCCUAGCCAUCUCGUGAGAAAGCGGCGCCACGGUUUCUUGAGCCGACUCAGGACGCGGAAGGGACGCAAGACGAUUAUGAGGAGGUUGAACAAGGGGAGGUGGAACAUCAGUCAUUAG